AUGGGUGAAAAUGCAAAAGAGCGAAAGUCUUUGUGGGAUGCUGAAGAAGAGAGUCCAAAUAGUCCGAAAUAUGAGGAAUGGGGACCUCCAAAAGCUGAUAAUUCAUGGCAGUUCAAAAGUAGAUCUGGUUGGUCAUCUGGGGACAAUGUUACAGGAAUUGAAGAUUUGAGGAAGGAUAACUAUCAUUACAAGAGCACGUCUCCAGCUUUUGAAAGGCAAAGCAAUAGCCACUCUCCAGAUAAUGGUCGGGCCCAAUCUCGCAGAUACGUCGGCAGAGCCAGGAGCAGGAGCCGGGGAAGGGGGGAAGGUAGGAGCAGGAGUCGCAGCAGGGGACGGGACAAGUUUAGGACCAGGAGCAGAAGCAGGAGCCGGGACAAGGGUAGUAUGAGAGUUCAGAAUAGGAGUCGUAGUCCUGAUAAUUCUAAACGUGAUCCAUAUGCAUCAACUGAUAGAAGAACUGGCCUUCAUAUAUAUUCCAAGGUAUGUAGAAAUUUUGCAGUAGGGAAUUGUAGGAGAGGCAGUCAAUGCUGGUUCGUUCAUCCAGAUGCUGCCAUUCAUAGGGAUGGAGGUAAUUUAGAGGACAACUUGUCAGAAAGAUUGGGUAGUCGACCUGAGCGUGGGCAUAUCUCAAGGUAUAAUGAUAGUGAAGGUCCUGGGUACCAAUCAAGGGACAAGCUUCCUUAUUUGCAUAAUUUGGAGGAUGAGCUGCAUAGAAACCGGAGUAGAGGUAGAAUUACUUGCAGGAAUUUUGUGAAAGGCGACUGUCGCUGGGGUGCAUCAUGCAGAUUUUCUCAUGAUAGUCCCUCAGGUGAUAACUAUGAGAAGGGCACUCAGAGUGAAUCAUUUAAUUAUGUUCAAGGCAAUCAAGCAACCAGAACCGGGAAAUCACUUUGUGAGUACUUUGCAGCGGGAAAGUGCUAUAAGGAUAAUUGCAAAUUCUCCCAUGAUGCCACAUCGAGAAAUCAUGAAAUUAGGCCCUCAAAUGACAACAGUGGCCAUAGGUUUGAUGGCACGAAUAUCUGGUUAGAUGGUCCAAAGUGGGAUAAUGAAACAAGACCCUCGGAACUUGUAAAGGCUAGUGGGUGGGAUGAAAGUGUUGUGAGAACAGAUACUGCUAUCAUAGUUCUUACGGAUGGGACCAAUGAAAAACCUGACCAUCAUUUCGAAAAUAAGAAUAAAGCCUGGGAAAUAGAACCACAAUUUAUCAAUUCUGACACAGAGAGAGGUGUUUCUCCACACAGGGGUUCUGCUAGUCAUCUUAAUGCUUUGAACAUUACAGAAUCUCCUGUUACACAGAGCUUUGCUAAUGCUCAGGAUCUUCAUCUUAUUUCCCAAGCUUCUGAUCUAAAUCUGGAGAGAGCUUCAAUUCAUGUCCUUGGACAUAGUUCAAAUCAAGGAGCUUCAGAGAUCGUUCUAUCUACCACAACCACUCAGCCUUAUGGAUCUGCUGAAUCUUUUGUACAACCACAUGGAUUGACAAAAGAGAACAUUGCAAGAACACUUGGCUCUAAUGUAGUAAAUGAAUUUAUGAAUGACAGAGAUGGUGUUCAUCAUGUCCGUUUGCCUGGGCAGAGCUUCAGUGGAACAGGUUUUGGUAUGAGCUCUGAACAUUCUGCAGUUUUGAAUGAAACACACCAAGAAGAGAAUGUGUUCUUACCUAUCCCAUCAACUGGCCAUAAUAAGAUAGAAGCUCUUGGCACACCAGAGAUGCUGGAUUUCAAAGUCCCACAAUAUCUUACUGUUACUGGUGAGCAAGUACAUCAAAUGGAAACCUCUCCAGCAUCUAUGACAAAGAAAUUAGAGGAAGGACAACGAGAAACCCAACUACAAAGUGUCUUAAAUCCUUGUGGUUCUUCUGGAAUGCUACCUUCAAAUCCCAUUUCUGCACUUGUUCAUGCUCUAUAUGGUCAAACAAUUCCUGAGAUGAGGGUUCCAGAUAAUUAUCAUCCUCCAGAUGGCUUAGAGCUGAAUACAUCUGGCAACAUUAAGUUGCCCCCUGACAAUUCAUUCUAUUUAUAUGGAGAUAGUAAUAAGGUUUCCAUGGACCAAAUGAAUCAAACAUCUACUGUUGAUCCUGAACUUGGAAACAAUGAUCAAAUUGAUGAAGUAAAGAAGCAGAAGAAUGAAUUAGUUGAUGUCGAUGAAAAGGAUAAAUUAGCUCUCGAGGAGUCGAAGAAUGUGGAAGAAAAUGAUCAUCCAGGAGCUAUGAAUCUGCAUGGAAAGGUUGAGGAGGGAAGCGGUAACAAUGACGAAAAGGUGAUGCGAUUAUUCAAAAAUGCUCUGAUAGAGUUUGUGAAGGAGAUCCUAAAACCCAUUUGGAAAGAAGGUAAGAUGAGCAGAGAAGUUCAUAAAACAAUUGUUAAGAAGGUGGUUGAUAAGGUAAUUGGUUCAAUUCAAGGAGAACAAGUCGCUAAGACGCAAGAGGAUAUAGAGGAAUAUUUGUCCCGUUCAAAGCCUAAAAUUACCAAACUUGUACAGGCAUAUGUGGAGUGGUUUAUGAAGAAUGAAGUUUGAGAUGCCGUACUCCCCUCCUCUUCUGGAAAAAUCAAAUUCAGUAACUUUUUUAUGAUUUUAUUAAUAAGUACCUUGUUUGUCUGA